AUGUUGGGCCGCACAGCCGGCGUUUUUACGGCCUGCGCACUGGGCGCCAGCGCUUUCCUUCUCCCACCGAAUGUCGCCUCAGCGGACGGCGACGAUGACAGUGUCGGACCACUCGCUCUCUCCGGCGUACACACCAAGAGCCUCGCUUUCCAGCUACCAUGCUCCGAAUGUGCAUUUUCUUUCAAUAAGGACGAGAAGAUUGAGGGUAUUGAUAACGACGCGGAGGGCUACCUCUUUAUUCAGGGCGGGGCCAACAGCGUGGUGGUCAACUUCACGGUCUCUGAGGAUGGCGACAAGCUGGAGGUCAACGGUGGAACCAUCUAUCCCUUUGGUCUUAUGGAUAUCAUGCAGAGCCCAAAGGUCUACAUCAGCCAAGUCCCUGCCUCGGCUUCGAUGGAGGAGAUCGAAGCGGGCACUGUCAAGACUACACAACUGGAGGUAACUGGGCACGGAGUCUCGAUUCGCGACGAGCAGGUUGUUUCUCCCGAAGGUGAUGUUCUGGUCCCAAUCACCGUCGACAUCUUUGAGAUCGAAGGCCAGCCCGUCAGCCUGGAUGAGAUCUCUGUUCAACUCGUCAAGACUGGGAUGGGCGAGCUGUUGAUCGCCCAUGGCGAGAUCCAUGAGCAAGACCGCCCGCGUCCGGAGUUCUUUGGACCCGGGCCCGAAGACAUGCCAGAGGACUUCUUCCCACCUCCACCUCCACCACCGGGCCACGAGAUGCCAGACACGGACAUGGCCCGUCCCUCAUUCGGCAAGCCUGAGUUUGCUCAUGGAAAGGACUGCGGCGUACUCCCUGCACCAAUCUGCAGACUGAAGAGUCUUGUAGAGUCAAAGAUUGACAGCAUGCGUCACGGCAUGCACGGCAUGCGCAAGGGCUGUCAUGGCGGCAAGGGAGGACGACCGCACAUGGGCAAGCUUCCCGGCCACAUCAAGCCGCACUUCCUCAAGGACCGACCAGAUGACGAGCGCCCGCACCACCAUGGCCGUCCUCACCAUAUGAGGCCCCACGGUCACCACGGUCACCACCGACACCACUUCAUGCAUGCUUUCACUCGCGGUCUGGCAGCUGUUCUUCUCCCCACCAUGGCCGGGAUUGCUGUUGGAAUGACUGUUAGCCUCGUCGGUCUGCUCGUCGGUCGUCUCAUUGGCUUCUUCUGGAUCAAGUUCUACCGUGGCGGUCGUCGCGGCUACGCCCGUGUUGCCCUUGAUGAGACGACCGCCGAUGCUGUCGAUGACGAGAAGGAAGUUGUUGAAAGUGCCAAGGACCUCGAAGCCCCACCUGUCUACGAGGAAGCUCCCGCGUACGAGGAGGCUGUGGGACAGGAGAAGUAG